AUGAGCUAUUGUCGGACAAGUAAUUAGACAUAUAAGGACGCGCCGAACUCCGACUCGGUUAGGGGGUUCAGCUCGGAGAUCGUCCAAGAUAAAUUAACCUGUGAUGUACAACGAGAGCACCUAUUUUGGGCUCUGUCUCACAAUAGUUUAGCCCUACUCGGAUAUCACACUCUUACAACUUCACGGAAGUCAUGACGGAUACUCCGACCCCAAGGAUCGUAAAGCUUGGUCAGCAUGAGUGGAUGUUCCCAUCUGAACAACUCCAGCAGCUUCCGGACAGUUCUCAUCUCCUUGGCAACCGAGAUGCAUUGCUAAAAGAACUCACUGAAAGGGGGUAUCUCUUCAUCCGGGGACUCCAUGACCGAGACGAGGUCCUCCGCGCUCGACUGGCUGUGAUCAAACAUAUCAAAGACACGGGUGCGGGCCGUCUUGAGGAUGGCACACCAUGGGAGGACGGGGUUCUGGCCCAGAGGUGUGGCAAGGGGUGCAUACCCUUCUUGGAGGGGGUAAAGGAAAUAACUCACAAUGAAAACGUCCUGAAAGUCAUUGAGGGCCAAAGAGCGUUCCAGUUUUUUGGGACUCUGUUCGGAACACCAGUCAGGACGUUUGAUUUCAAAUGGCUGAGAGCCAUCUACCGGGAAGCGUUCACUGGAGCACACGUUGAUAACGUAUACAUGUGCCGCGGGACUGAUCAACUCUGCACGAUGUGGACACCAAUGGGCGAUGUGACAACAAAUAUGGGCACACUCGCCGUAUGUGAAGGGUCACAUAAACUACCAGAGUUCAAGCAUUUCCAAGAAACAUACGGAAACUUCGAUGCAGAAAAGGAGGGUUUAUCUGGGACAGGCUGGUUCACUGAAGACCCUCAGGAGAUCUGUUCCAGGUUUGGUGGCCAGUGGAAGACCUCGGACUUCAUGGCCGGUGAUGUGCUCAUAUUCACAAUGAGGACGGUCCACAUGUCAAGCACCAACACAACAGACUUACUUAGGAUAAGUUGUGACACUAGAUGGCAGCCAGCCCAUCUUCCCAUUGAUGUCCGUUACAUCGGAGACACUAAUAUUGACAAGAUUACGUUUGGAUUACAAUACUCUGGAGGAGACGAAGACAAACACCACGUUACUAUGGAGGAGAUGAAGAAAAGUUGGGGAUUCUAGAUACUGAAUCUUACAAGCAAAAUAUAAUCUACUUCGAACAAUAUUAAGAAAGAUAAACAUGCGAAAGUAAACACUGAACAGAGAAUAUCAUUGUCAUAGCAUGAUAUUAUCACCAUAUGUUUAAAACCAAACAUUUUCUUUAGAUCAAAACAUUAAAAACUAGUGACGGGCAUAUGUGUAAGGAACGCAGCUGAAACGUGACGGUGGGAAGGGGUAUAACAUUGUGCCAUUGACUCUCCGAGAGGAAAUACUCGAGAUUUGGACAUGACAUCACAAUGCCUGUCAAGGAAUGAUGAAUAUCAUAAUGCACUCAAAUCCGUGCUUGGAAAACAAUUCUACGAAUGCUAUCGCAUAAAUAAAAACAAACAAUCGCGUGGUAAAGACAGUGGUUCGAAAGGAACCUUGCCUGCAGAUUUUGGACGGGCGUAAGUUGUCCCGUCACCGCAUAAUAGCGCGGCACUUUCAUCCAUCCAAACCGCACACACCACGAGUGUUAUCGCCUUUCAUUAGUCACGUAGCGAGCAAAUUCUAAAACCAGCGCACAAUAAUCAAAUUUACCCAAGAGAAAAAGAUAUUUGGUUAAAACACCGGGUUCAAAUAAUCGCCGCUGUAACUGCAUGGACUCGGGGAAUGAAAAAGUGAACUAUGUACUUAAACCAUGUGUUUCAUUUAUUCUCAUGUCAAACUACCAGGUGGGCACUUACAAGGUACUAUAAACAAAUUUGAUACAUUAGUGCCAAUGUAUACACAAAUUAUUUGUUUCUUCCCUACAUUAAUUGCAACUUGUUUGUGCCUUGUUGAUUGUCGUCGUAUUAUGCAAGAAUUAAUUGACAUAAAACAUCACAAUUGCGACUAAGUUGCCACCGGAGAAAGGCCGCUCAAACAAUAACAAAGUACACCAUAUUAAUAAAUAAUCGAGAAAUCACCAUGAAAGCACAGGAAACAGACGCAAAUAUACGGAAUGUUACAAAUUGUCAAGAUCGUUUGGCGCCAUUGUGUUUAUGCAUCUAUCGUUUAGGAUAAUGUUCCUGUCUGCGCUGAUAUGUUAGUGACGCAGAAGUGGACGAAACUUUGACAAAAAAUAAUUUUGAGAAAGAUUGACGUUUAUCCCGUUUUCAUUUACAAUGUUCAUGUUUAUGUAAUUGCUAGUGCGCGUUGUUUGACUCCUGCAUAGUAUCUGUAUCAAAAAUGAAGUCAAUCACGGAUGUAGUGCAAACAGUAAGGAAACGAAGGACGGGAGUACAACCAAACUAUACCGUCUGACACAGAAUAAGACAACACAAUUGAAAUCGGUGAUGGGAAAUGGGUACUAUCCAGCAGCAGACUAUAGUUUCACGAGGAGUUAUUCAAUGUGAGACAAACUCCGUCCUUUAGGAAAUGCUGCCAUGGAAGAAUUUAUACUUGGUCAAUCUCAACUGAAGACAUUGGUCUGCAACAAACUAACACUUGCUCAGUUUUUUCGGAUCACACGAGAGCCAACCAGAAUCUUUCAAUGAACAAGAAUCUGUUCCUUUCAAUAGUCAUUGUGCCAACGCGAUAUUUAAGUCAUGAUGCAGUUACACGGGCAUUGCAGUACACGAC